AUGGCGCCAGGAACCGCCAAACCGCCCCGAAACAACACGAAGGCCAAAAAAGGACCGCGUCGGAUGGACGUCAAGGAAGCGACGGAUUUUGUGCUCGGUAAGCCACUCCCGAAGCUCCAGCGAAUUGAUUCUGAUUAUUAACUAUUUCAGCCGGCGACCCGAUCCUAAAACUCGAGUUCAAUGGCCUGCCGACCCUGAGAGUGAGCGAUCUAAGCAGUGUGUGGAUCAAGGGAAUGAGAGAGACUCUCAAUAAUGAAUCAUCCGAUGAGGACAACCGCGAGGUGGUUCAGUUCGUUUCCGCGAGAAAGACCCCGGUCAGACCGUCAUUGGAAGAGAGAAAGGCCGAACGGAAGAAGAGAGAAUUGAACGCCAAGAAGACGGAGGCGCCGCAGCCAGUGACCACAGAAGUGUCGGUGCCUGAGGUGCCAAAGGAUCCAGAGGUUCCAGAGGUGCCGACGGUGCCUGAAGGGGAAAAGGCAGAAGAGCCGGUGGAGCCAGAGCAAUUUCCAGCGACGGAAGAAGAAGAAGAAGAAGAAGAGAAAACUGAGGAGCCGCGUGAGCUUCCCGAAGGAACGAGAUACAUGACCAACGAGGAAGCCGAUCACUUCCUGCUGCAAGGUGAGUACUCGGAGAGACUGUUCAGUUGAUAAUGUUCGGAAUCGUUUAGGAAAGCGCGGAGUCAUUUUCAUGGUUGACAUUGAGAUGCAGACUUACAAAGAUCUGAAGAAAGACAAGUUCAUGAAGCGAUGGGAAGCGUACUUGAGCAGAGAAAGAUCAACGGGAGCUGGAAAGGCAAAGAAUCAGACGGCCGAAACCUCGGAGACCGAAAUGGAGGAGCCGGAAGAGCAAGGGACCAGCAGAGGACAGAAGAGAAAGGCCACGGAGACUCGUGAGUUGGACAGAAUAGAAGGACAGUGUCAAAUGAAUCCGUUUCAGCGUCGUCGUCGUUGUCGUCGUCGUCCGCUUCGUACAAACUACGCAACAAGGGAAGAACCUCGGCCAAGAUGGGCAAGUUCGACUAG